GAGAGACAGAGAGACAGGCAGAGAGAGAGACACAGAGAGAGACACAGAGAGAGAGAGACACUCUCACACACAGAGACACAGAAAGAGAGACCUUCAGAGGCAGUUGGGUCUUCAUGGUCUCAGUCUGACGCUCGGUGUUUCAGGUCUGAUCGUCUCUGAUCAAACCUGAAGCUGCAGCACAGUCACAGUUUGGAUUCUUUGAUCACUGGAUUCAUGUUUCUCUUGUUUUUCUGAGGAUCCAGUAAAUCCACCUGAAGUCUUUCCUCUCAGAACUUCUGGACCUUCAGCUUUUAUUUGACUCUCUUCAUUCUGAUCCCUCCUGGAGUCCUUCGGUGGACGGUCGUCAGUCUGAGGUCGGGUGUAUUUGGGGGUUUUGGUCUUCUGCGUGUUACAGCUGGUGAAGCUUUUGGCUGAAUGCCCCAGGACUACCCGCAGGCUGCAGUUCCUCCCCCGGCCUGUAGGGCGGCAGCAGAGAGCGGCAGCCGGCCGCUGGACAGGCGGAGCGUUGGCAUGAGCGACUUCUGGCACAAGAUGGGCUGCUGCGUGGUGGCUAAACCCCCGCCGAAGAAGAAGAGGAGGAAGAUUGAUCGCAGCAUGAUCGGAGAGCCGACAAACUUCAUCCACCUCACACACAUCGGCUCCGGAGAGAUGGCAGAGGGACUGCAGCCGUCAGGAUCGGUUCAGGAACAGAUGAGGUCUAAAGGUCCCAACAUGAACGGCAGGAACAGCCUGUUAUAGCUGGAGCGUCUGAAACUGAUGUAGACCAGCUGACCGACCUCCUCUUUCCUCCACGACGACCUUCAUCCUCCUCUGAACGAGCCUCCUCUCCGGCAGCCGAGCGGAGGUCUCGAGUGUCCUCGAGCGAAGCACUGCGCCAGCUGCAGGGGGCGCUGUCCUGUCCCACAACAACCACGUCUCUGCUUUGAGGACUUCUUCGAAGGGGGAAACAUGGCCGCCUCGUCAUUUCAAGAAUUCUCUGCUCGCCAGGACUGAGAAUCAGUCACCAUGAAAAAACAUCCAGUCAUGGACGGAGGCGGAGAAUCCUGCUGAGCUCUGGUCCUCUUCCAGGUCUCAGGUCCUGCAGAGCUCCAGCUUUUCAGUAGAUCCCAGAAAGGAUCUAAAAGGACCACAUCGUAAGAGCUCAGUCUCAUUUAUCAACUGACUUUUCAUUGAAUUUAAGAUCAAAUAUUCACAUUUUGAGGUUUCCCCCCGCAGUAUUAAACAAACAACACCACUGGACUCCAUUUCCCACAAUCCCGUUCUACAGAGGACGUGCCACCAAUGACAGAAUGUCUGUAUUUAAGAGAGAAACCCCGCUGGUGCACGUCAUUUCCCAGGAUGCUUCACUCUGCUCAGCUGUGCUCAGUUUGGCUUCUAAAGGAUUUUUACACUUUGAUUUUAUUUUUGUUCAUUGGCCCCAGUGAUGACAUCAUUGGACAACAACUCCCAGGAUGCCUCACUCCGCCCAGCAUCACUGCUGGUGCUGAUUAAAGACUGUGUGUGUGUGUGUGUGUGUGUGUGUGUUCACCACUUUAAAUAUAAAUGUUGCUUCACUAAACUCUCGGACACACACUUCUUGUUCUCUCCUCUCUAUAAACUGUGUGUCUCUCUGUUCAUUUGACGACUUUAAUCUGAGGCUCGUCCAUAAAUCGUCUGAGCCUGAGAGGACAGAAGAGUGUCUUCACUUCAGGUGGGACGCUGAGACAUUUUCAGGACUUUUCCUGCUGCAUCUGGUGGAAGAUCAAGUGUCUCGUGUUAAAUAACAGCACGAUGUGUUGAACUGCUUUUAUACUUUGAGUAUCUGAACCGUUUCAAGUCGAGGUCAUUGACUGUUUUUCUGUUUUUUUCUUCUUCUGAUUGACUGAAGCAGGAAAUCAAAGCGGUGAAUUCGGCGUGAGGCCGGCGUGCUCGUCGCUGACUCGACCUCUGGGUCAGGAUUUCAAAAUCCUUUGUUACCUAAAGAGUUUCUUUAAACAUCAGCUGCCAAAAAAAACCCUUUAUAUAAACUGUUAUUAAAUGAGUGAUGGUUCAAACUCCUGAAAAAGUUCAUUCCAGCACUUUAUAAAGAGCCGUGAGGAAGUCCGAGCAGAAACCAACCCACCCACCAAACUAAAAAUCGACUCCAAUGAAACUCUGACCUUAAAAACCAACACGUGUAGCUGUUCAUGUCGUUAAAUAGAUCCACAGAAAGUCAUCAGUUUGAUCGUUCAUGUCUCUGACGAUAGGCCAACAAACACAAGGAAGCACUGAUGGAAGAGAAGAAGAAGAAGAAGAAGAAGAAGAGUGAAUGUUGAUUGAUUGACUGAUUAAGUGAUUGAUUUCAUUUCCAUCAUCUUACCUCUGCUCCACCUUAAAGCAGUGAAAACACACAAAAUGUCAAACCAAAGCAAAAAGAGGCCAAAGAUAGAAAACAUGAUGACAUCUGCGAACACUCAGCUGUUGUCUGUGCUGAGUGGUUGCCAUGGAUACCGCUGAGUCACGGUGUUCCCCCUCGCCGUGGUAACCAGCCACUUCCUCUCUGCGGUCAAGACUGAAGGGGCCAAAACGUCUAUUUAAGGAAAAUCUGAGCCGCUGCUGCUCGUCUCAGUUUCCUCAGAACGGCGCGGUGUGUUCACUGGACUCCGCAGAGCGUGGGAGUUUUUUCAUACGUCCUCCCUCACCUCCUCUUCUUUAAACUUCCCCACAGUCAGUCAGUCAGCUGCAGUGAGAAACAGCUGACCACAAACACUGAUCCUCAUCCACUCAUCCUGCUGCGUUGAUCCGUUCAGUCCGAUAAAUUCAAGCUUUCUUAUUAUGUGUUUUUGUUGAUUAUCAAAGAUGUUGAUUUAUGGAACUGUUUGUAUCUCUUUCUGAAAAUAUGAUGUCAUAUUUAGUGUUGAUCAUCAAACAUUUCUGUGACUUUUUGAACCUUGAGCCUCUGUUGAACCUGCAGGAGUUAAUGAAUAAAAAGUCAAGUAGAAUGAUUUCCAUCUUUAGCUGACAUUCAUCUGACAGCAGCUGCUCACUAACAUCCUUUUAAAAAAACAAAUCUGAUACGAACCAAUCAGCAGCCUUUGCAGCUGAAGUCAGCGCUGAAUGUGUUGCAGUUCCUCUAACGUCCACUAGAUGCUGCUGUAAUAAAACUGUGCCGAAGCGAAGAAGAAAAAACAAAACUUCUCUGUAUGAAUACGAAGUCAGUACAGUUUUUAUACGACAGCAUCUGCUCCGAUGACAUCAUUUCCCUCCUUUGAAUGGUUAAAUGUGUGUCUGGGGAAGUAUUUGCUUGAUUGACAGGUGCCUCAGCCUAUCACAGUCAGCUGUGGUCUGUGGUCCAGAAAACUGUGAGAAUGAAAACAGAUGAAACGUCACAACAUGAGAAACUUCCUGCUGUUUCAAUGACAAUCUGCCAGCAGGUGAGAUUAGAGAAACACCCCGAACAUGAACCUGAACCCAGGUCCAGCUUUACUUACUCUGAACAUGACUAGUGCUAAUGCUAAUGCUAAAGAUUGUGAAAAAAAUGUGAUAGAACUUUGAUUUUUUUAAACUUUACAGACAUUAUGAGAUAAAUUUAGUACAUUUGAUAAUAAAUAGGAUAAUAUAGUAAACAGGAUGUUGUUUUGGGAACAAAAUAAUAUUUAAAUAAAUAAAAUUUGUGUGAGCAAGACAAUGAGAAACGACUCAGUAGGAACAAGAUGGUAACUUAUGAGAUAUAAUGAUUUAAGAAAUUAACUCAGGUUCAAUUCAAUUCAGUUUUAUUUAUAUCGCACCAAAUCACAACCGAAGUCUCAGGACACCUUCCAUACAGACCAAACUCUGUAUCUACAGACACCCAACAGUUCCCUCAUGAGCAAACACUCAGGUGUACAGGAGAAGUGUCUGUGCUCAUCAGAUAAGCACACAAACAGGUUACAGAUAAUAGACUAAAGUCACGAUGAACGAAUGUCAGCAGCAUUAAAAGCAGCGUGAAUGUGUGACGUCCAGUGGCCGACGGGUCCUUCUUGUAUUUUCUGGUAUUUGUCUUGUGUUAUGUAACCUCGUCCUCUGCAGGGACGCAGAGACGCAGACUGACUGUUAUGUAACAGGACAGAUGAAUAAAUGUGUGUUGAUGAGCA